AUGGAGGCAAUUCCUGAUUUUAGAGAAAUAUUAGGCAGAAGAGUCUCAGACAGCUUCAAAGGUCCAAGGUGUGGCAAUUGGAAAGGAGUUGCAAAAGUUUCUUAUGAAGACAUCAUUGAGCUCGAGGACUCCUUAAUUAAGAAGGAUAACUUGUUCUCGGUCAUAUCAGUGACUGGUAAUGGUGAUGUGUUUCUAGAUGUUGACUAUAUAAGGAAGGGUAAGGUGGAAGAUGAACGAGUGGACCUUCUUUUGGAGAGGAUCAGGAACAAGUAUGAUUGGAGCAGCACAGACUGGCCAGUUUUAGACCCUGAAGAAACUAAAAUGGAGGAACCCGACUGCCAUGAUAGAGGGUCAGAAGCUGAUAAGAGCGUGAAUCAUACGGAUGUUGUAGCAGACGAGGAAAGCUCUUCGGUUAAGGUUGCAGGAAAAGGCAAGAGAAAGUUUCUUGAUGAAGGAGCAGAGACAAGAAAGAAGAAGGUGAUGUGUAAGCGAUCAGCAGAAAAGUAUCUGACUUUUGGUCCUGAAACUAAGAGUUUCAUUGAGGGUCUUAUCCGCACAUCUGUCACUUCAUUGGGAGAUGUGCUCAGUAUGCAAAUGGCGAAUAUGGAGAGGGUGUUUACAGAGAGGAUGGAGAAGAUGGAGAUUGAUGUUUCACAGCUCAGGGACGCAAUCAGUUUGACUGGUGAAGGAAACUAUCCUAGCAAGAAAGAAGCUGAAGAAGCUCCACUAAACAGCAAAGCCAAGCAAGCUCCAGAUGAGAGCAAAGGCGCUCAAGCUCCACCUAAGAGCAAAGGCGCUCAAGCUCCACCUAAGAGCAAAGGCGCUCAAGCUCCACCUAAGAGCAAAGGCGCUCAAGCUCCACCUAAGAGCAAAGGCGCUCAAGCUCCACCUAAGAGCAAAGGCGCUCAAGCUCCACCUAAGAGCAAAGGCGCUCAAGCUCCACCUAAGAGCAAAGGCGCUCAAGCUCCACCUAAGAGCAAAGGCGCUCAAGCUCCACCUAAGAGCAAAGGCGCUCAAGCUCCACCUAAGAGCAAAGGCGCUCAAGCUCCACCUAAGCGCAAAGGCGAUCAACCUACUCCAACAAAAAAGGUACUACCUAAGAGAAAGUGUAGAACUUGA